AUGGCACGCUUACCCUCAGAAGAGCCACUCGAGCUCCCCAGAAUCCAGUUCGAAUUUGCGGCGGAACGUUCAGACAGCUUGAAGAGGGACCUCGGCCUCAUGAGUUCUCGCCGACAUGAGGUCAGGAAUGCUUUCAAGAAGAGUUGGCAGUCUUAUGUGAGACAUGCCUGGGGAUACGAUGAGCUGCAACCAUUAUCACUGAGAGGAAGGAAUCGGUAUAACGGAUGGGGCGCUACGCUGGUCGAUUCUCUCGAUACGCUGUGGCUGAUGGGCCUACACGACGACUUCAAUGAUGCUGUUCAGUAUGUGGGCGCUAUCGAUUGGAACAACUCUACGGACCCAAGAUGUAACCUUCUUGAGACGAACAUUCGCUAUCUCGGAGGCCUGCUAUCUGCAUACGAUUUGAGCGACGAGCCAGUACUUCUCAACAAGGCUAUUGAGCUGGCGAACAUGCUCUACGCCGCCUUUGAUACCCCGAAUCGAUUCCCGCCUUAUACGUUCAACUUUGCGGACCUCAGAGCCGGAAAGGUCCUACCAGAUCCUUAUCAGAGCGCUGCAUCGAUAGGCAGUCUGUCACUAGAAUUCACAAGAUUGGCUCAAAUCACGGGAGAGCACAAGUUCUACGACGCAAUCGAACGUAUCAAGACGGCUUUCGACCAGAUCCAGAAUGAGACAUUGCUACCAGGACUGUGGCCCAACUUCAUCAAUGUUCGUGAUGAUUUCCAGACCCCGAACAACAUUUUCCGUCUAGGCGGAGAUGGAGAUUCGCUUUACGAGUAUCUGCCGAAGAUGCACGUUCUUCUCGGCGGUCUCGACCCGGCUUAUGAGAGGAUGUACAGAAGCGCUGCGAAGGCGGCCAAGGCUCAGCUCUUGUUCCGCCCGAUGACGCCCAGGAUGGACGAUGUUCUCUUGCUUGGAACCGCCAUUGUGAACGAGAAGCUCCUGAAGAUCGACCAAAUCGCCGAACUCGAACACCUUUCCUGCUUUGCUGGCGGAAUGUUUGCCAUGGCUGGCAAGCUUUUCGAGAGCCCGGAAGACGUCGAGGUUGGCGAUAGGCUGACCAGGGGCUGUGUGUGGGCUUACAGGUCUUUCAAGAGUGGUAUCAUGCCCGAGAAGUCACAGAUCGUCAAGUGCGACACGAUUGAAGGAUGCCCAUGGGAUGAACAAAAGUGGGCGGCCCAGAGCAGCCGUCAUUCUCCUAGGGGUUUCUCGAGGAUCGACAAUCCCCGCUACAAUCUGCGCCCCGAGGCCAUCGAAAGCCUCUUCAUUCUUUACAGAGUGACUGGACGAGAGAAUCUGUUGGACAUGGCAUGGGAUAUGUUCCAGGCCAUCCAGAAAGCGACAGCGACCGACGACGCUCACGCUGUUGUGGCUGACGUCACUUACUCGCAAUCACGACAAGAGGACAGUAUGGAGAGUUUCUUCUUUGCUGAAACCCUGAAGUACUUCUACCUCAUCUUUUCGGAUCCCGAGAUGAUCAACUUGGAUGAAUGGGUGUUCAACACACAGGCUCAUCCUCUCAAGCGACCUACGGCGUCUUGGAGCGAAGCCUGA